AUGGUUGAAGGAACAGUUUGCUGCCGCUUUGCCCUCGUUGUUUUAGAAACAUUCCGGAUUCACAACAGUGAACUACUCAAGUCUUUAAGGAUAUCUACUCCGUUGUUGAACCUAUUUGUUGUUGUGAUGACAUUUUCAUUCAUCUUCACCACUUUUCGAAUUUUCAAUACUACCCUUAUCACCCAUUACCACACCCUUAAACCCAACAAACCCGAAGCUUGGUUUGUCAAAAUCGUUUCAACGCUCUUUCUUCUCUUCACAAACUCAUCUGACGCUACGUUUUCUGCUUACGUCAGUAACCACUUAACCCCUUCACUUACAUUACAAGUUAUCAAAAAACUAAACAACCCUCAAUUAGGUUUCACUUUUUUCCAGUUCACCAAACAAAGCUUGAACCUUUCUCAUUCAUUUUGGACUUACAAUUUUCUCUUAAGGUCCCUUUGUCAACAACAUCACCACAGUUCAGCAAAACUUGUUUAUGAUUCCAUGAGGUCUGAUGGGUUGUUGCCUGAUAGUAGGUUGUUGGGAUUCUUGGUUUCGUCUUUUGCAUUUGUUCAUAGGUUUGAUGUUUCCAACAAGCUUAUUACUGAUGCUCUGUGUAAUAAGGUUGAUGUAAAUGUUGUUGUUUAUAAUAACUUUCUUAACAUUUUGGUUAAAUGUAAUAGGUUAGACGAGGCUGUUAGUUUGUUUAGGGAGCUCGUUAGAUUCGAGUUCGAUGUAGAUAUAUUCACAUUCAAUAUUUUGAUUCGAGCUUUCUGCGUUGCUGGAGAAAUCGACGAGGCUUUUAGAUUUCUGAAUAAUAUGAGAAGCUUUGGUUGUUACCCUGAUGUUGUUAGUUAUAAUACUCUUAUACAUGGUUUAUGUAGAAUAUAUGAGGUUGAUAGAGCAAGAGAUUUAUUAAGAGAGAUUUGUUUAAGAACCGAGUUUGCUCCUAAUGUUUUGAGUUAUACGAUAGUGAUAUCGGGUUAUUGUAAAUUGAGUAAGAUGAAGGAGGCUUCUUCCGUUUUCGAUGAAAUGGUUACGUCGGGAGCUAAGCCUAGUGUAGCUACUUUUAAUGCAGUUAUAUAUGGAUUUGUUAAGGUAGGUGACAUGGUGUCUGCACUAGGAAUACAUAAGAGGAUGCUCUUUCAUGGUUGUUGUCCUGAUGUUGUUACUUUCACUUUGUUAAUUGAUGGAUAUUGCCGAGUUGGGCAAUUGAACUAUGGUUUGGACGUUUGGAAUGAAAUGAAAGCGAGAAACGUUUCUGCAAAUUUGUAUACUUUCUCUGUUCUUAUUAGUGCUCUGUGCAGGAGCAAUAGACUAGAAGAAGCUCGUGAGCUUCUAAGACUAUUGAAUCAGAGUGACAUUGUUCCACGGCCAUUUAUCUACAAUCCUGUCAUUGAUGGAUAUUGCAAAUCCGGUAAUGUUGAUGAAGCUAAUGCAAUUGUGGUAGAUAUGGAGAACAAAUGUAUACCGGAUAAACUGACGUUUACUAUACUUAUUAUUGGUCAUUGUAUGAAAGGAAGAGCACCAGAAGCAAUUGGUAUCUUUUACAAGAUGUUGGCAACCGGUUGUUCACCAGAUGAAGUUACUAUUAGAACUUUAAGUUCAUGUCUUUUGAAGUCUGGAAUGCCUAGUGAAGCUGCCAGUGUUAAGGAAGCUCUAUUUAAGAAUCAAAGUACAAAUUCAUAUAUGCAGGUAAGUAUGCUGCAAAAGUCUGGAAGAGGAGCACAAGCUCUCUGA